AUGAUGCGUUCUCUUGCAGGAAGCAGUGAUCCUUCUCUUCGCAACCCAGGGAGCCUCGGGCACAACAGGGGUUGCAAGCCGUGCAACAAGUUCAAACCCGAAAGGCCUGAGUCCUGCAAGAAAGGCGACACCUGCACUUUCUGCCACGGGGAGCACGAGCGACCAAAGCACAAGGGCCAACGUGGCCGCCAUGCCCUGCAGCGAAGGCAGUACCUGGAGUCUGUGGAGAGUCAGGCUUCCAGCUCAACGAUUCGCCCGGAGCUGGCACAGAUUGGAGCCAGGAUCUAUCAGGAGCCGCGCCUCAUUGUGGAGCGCCUCAAGAGGAAGCUACGCCACUAUGAGCCAAGCAGCAGUGACUGGGCCGAGAAGGUGCAGUUCUUGACUCAGGAGAUAAGGGCCAUUGGCAACAAAGCGCAAGAUGCACGACCUGACAGCUCGCGUGUCCAAAAAGCCCGGGACGAGCAACCACCGCCGACGAACAACGACGCAGACUUGGAGAGCAGGCUGAAGUGGUACGAAGGCUGCCUGUAUCUCACAGCCAAGAAGAUGUUGGAGAGCGAGACGCCUCCCGUGGAGGACGUUGAGCGGCUCGUGGACGCCAACUUGCGGGAGCUUGCAGGCUUGGAGAAGAAGCUGGAUCAGCAGAUUGCUGGAAGUGCUCAGGAGCCACCGAGAAUCGCCUGGGAGGAGCCGACUGCGGAGGCCUUCAUUCAGAAGCACCUGGUCCAGAACUCCUGGUUGCUCCCGAAGCUGCUGGAGCUGUUGAGCCUCGAGGUCGCUGACAGGCUCACUGAGAAAGAGCUGAAGGAGAUGGAGGCCUGGAAUCAUUUCCAUGACGAGCUUCAACGGUUGCCGGAGAUCACAGACCCUUCAGUCCGGAGUCUCUUCAAGGAGGCCGCGUCGCUGGAGGCAUUGCAUUUACCAACAAGUUGA